AGUCUUGUUAUGUUAGGGCAAGUUUUUCUUAAGUGCCAUUAAGGUAAUUGCCACCGUACGCCUUCACCUAGAAGAAUUUCACUAACCUUGCUGAACCGUUAAGUUACUGUUUGAGAAGAUACAGGUAAAAAAAAUCAGUUUGUUCUCAUUUCAUGAUGACUCCAUGUUUGUGGUAGCCAAGCCAUGAAAAAGACUAAUAAAUCUAUACAAAUAAAGGGAGAGGAGUGUUGCCAACACACUAUUUAAUACAGUUUAUACUAUUUGUAAAAUUUUAUUAAAAACUAAUAUAUAUAAUCAUGAUUGAAACUCAUUAAAUAAAAAGUAAAACCUGUAAAAUUACAAUUUUUAAUAAAUUUUAAUAAAUAAUAUUGUGUUACUACUACUAGGGCAUGGAGGACAGGUUUGCCUACAAAUUUGAUUGUGACCAAUUAUCCAAUUCACGAUCAAUGAAGGAUGAAACAGUUUUGCUCAGCAUUUUGGUAUGGAUAGUGAAAUUAUAAUUAUAAUAAAAUAUAGCAGACAACAGACUCCUAGUUUGUUUUCAACUCUUAAUACAAAAAAAAAAAAAGAAGGGCACUGAAUAGUGAGAACAAAAAAAAAAAAAAAAUCUAAGAACCCGAUUGAUAUCUCUCAGGUUUUUGUUUUAAAAUUUGUUUUCUAUGAUAAUUUAUGUUCAAUGAUAAAUUUUUCAGAACACUUCCAAAACGUGUUCAGAGGAUUAACAAAUAAGGCAUAAAUCAUCUCCUUUUCUUUUUGGUGCUCUUGACCCUUUCAAGACAAAUGAGAUCUCCCAUUUAAGGACGAAAAAAAAAACAUUAAAUUACAAGGAUGAAAAAAUAUUAAAUUAUAAGGAUUAAAAAGUUAUUUAAACUUUAAAUCAAAUAGGAAAGUUGCAAGUUCCACAAGGACACAGUUUUCUAAUAAUUACAAGUCUCAUAAUUCUUCUUGGAUCAAGAUGUUUUAACUGUACCAAUCUUAACCCUUCAAAAUGUUUCUUCAUUCAUUAAAAUAAAGCAUAAUUUCAUUUUUCAAAAUCCAUACACCGUUGGAUAAUAACUACAUGGGUAGCAGUUCAAUUCCAAACUCUAGAGGAUCCAAUUCCAUUGUUUUAAGUAGCGUGAUAAUUUAACUGCUGCAUGGUACAACAGAAAACAGACAUAAGAAGAGUACAAAAGAGGACAAUGACUGCUUAAAUGACUGUUUCUUAGAACAAUUUAAAAUAAGAGUAGCACCAAAAAGAAGAUCACAACAGAGAAUGGACAUAAGAAAUGUCAAAUAGACUAGUAUAAUUGUUGGAACCUUAAAUGGGGUUACCAUUAAUGACUGCAUUUUAGGCAUGUAGUGGGAAACGAAGUGACUGCCAAGCAACAUUCUUAAGAAGAAAAGGACAAUGUUUUUUAUAGGCUUAGUUGUCAUGGUUCCAUUAUAAAACCUAUUAUCCACCAGCACGGUUUGAAAAGUAGCAGCUUAAAUUGGUUGAGAUAUCUCUUCAGGCAACGCAAUAGACAAUGGCAUUUAAAUCAGCAAUCUCAGUCUCAUUCUUCUGCUUAGUAUUGUCAGCACUAGCAAAUGGUUUCAAUGCUGGCAAAAUUGCAAUCUAUUGGGGCCAGAAUGGCAACGAGGGCACACUGUCCGAGGCUUGUGCCACGGGGAACUAUGAUUAUGUGAUCAUAGCCUUUUUGCCAACCUUUGGCAAUGGCCAAACUCCCAUGAUUAAUCUUGCUGGUCACUGUGAUCCAUACAGUAAAGGAUGCACCGGCUUAAGCUCAGACAUCGAGUCCUGCCAAGCCAAAGGCAUCAAGGUGUUGCUCUCUUUAGGAGGAGGUGCUGGAAGCUACUCAAUUGCAUCCACUCAAGAUGCAAGCCAAGUAGCCAUUUACCUUUGGAACAACUUCUUGGGGGGAAAGUCAUCAUCUCGCCCUCUUGGCCCCGCCAUUCUUGAUGGCAUUGACUUUGACAUUGAAGGUGGAUCAAACCAACAUUGGGGUGAUCUUGCCAAGUUCCUUAAAGGCUAUGGGAAGCAAGUGUACAUAACUGCGGCACCUCAAUGUCCAUUUCCUGAUGCUUGGAUAGGAAAUGCCCUCACAACAGGUCUUUUUGACUUUGUUUGGGUCCAAUUCUACAACAACCCUCCUUGCCAAUACACUUCUGGGGCAAUUAGCAACCUUGAAGAUGCAUGGAAGCAGUGGAUAUCAGGUAUCCCUGCCAACAAGAUAUUCUUGGGGUUACCAGCUUCACCACAGGCAGCAGGAAGUGGUUUCAUUCCUUCUGCUGAUCUUAUCUCCAAUGUGCUUCCAGCCAUUAAGGGUUCUUCUAAAUAUGGAGGUGUUAUGCUGUGGUCAAGGUAUUAUGAUGUUCAGAGUGGAUAUAGCUCCUCCAUCAGGAGCCAUGUCUAAUAUCCAAACUCAUCAUCUACUAGCAGUAUGUAAUGCGUGUUAUUUAUAUGUGGAGGAUAUCUGUGAUCUAGACCAAAAAUACAUGUUAUCAGUUAUUUAUAUGUGUGUACUGGUGUAUAUUCAAAUAUUAAUGCCUAUGAUGUGAAGUAUGUUUGGAUGCUUCAAAUGAAUGCUCUUGGAGAUGAAUGUUGUGGACCAUAACAAAUCAGUAUGCAAGAAAGUAGAUUAGAACCA